GAAGGUUGUUAAUGUUCACAAUUCAUUUUGUACACGAAUUCUAUGCGCGUGAGAUAGAUCGAGGCGAUGUUUUGGUUUACGAGAAGGCAGAGAAGAUGACAGCAAAAUGAGACCUCUAAAUCAGCUUGUUUCUCCACCUUCGCAGUCCCAAAGCUGCAGGAACUGUCCGACUCGUGCAUCCUAGUUUACAAGGCAGAUGUCUUUUUGUCGCGAAGCUCUGUCGAAAGUUACAACUUUCGUUCAGAAGCUGGCCUGGGCCCGCUGGGUUUGUAAAUUGUGAAUUCCCCAUCGCACUGAAUUGAGAACGCGUGUGUUAUUUGAUAAAAAUAGGUCACCAUGGAUGUGAAUGGAAUGACCCCUUCCACCCCUAGUCAGCCGGGGAAAAAAUGCACCAGUUACAAGCUGCUGGUGGAUCCAAACAUCAAGAAGAAUUGCCAAAAGUUAGUCAGAUAUGAUGGCGUUGUUUCAGGGCAAAUGGGCCAGUCACUUUCUGUGAAGUUUGUAACGGAUCCUCGCUCCAGAUUGACAAGAUUAUGGAGAACAACAGAAGCUGCAGAUUUGCCCAUACCAAAAAUGAAGUUCGAUAAAUACUUUGUUGGCGAGCUUCCACCCAAGCAAAUCACCUUCACCAACCUCAAUGACAAUGUUCGUGAGCCUUUCUUGCGAUCCAUGGUGGAAAAGCAUGGCAAGGUGGAAGACGUCACAAUCUACAGGCAUCCAAAGACCUCCAAACAUCUGGGCCUUGCGUCGGUGACCUACACCACCACCAGGGCGGCUAAGCAAGCAGCACUGGAACUGAACCGCACAUCCGUUAUGGGGAAGAUCAUUAUUGUGCAGAUUGAUGCUGGUGGGAAGGAAUGCCAGAGGAUUUUUGAUUGUCUGUCUGCCAACAAGCCAAGCACACCCAGUAGUGUUGGUUCUACUCCACGCCUUGAUCCACGUAAUGGGACUCCUCUUUCAAGUACUGAUACCCCUCGUACACACAGUGAUCCAAGGCGUUUAUCUCUUGAGAGGCAACCUUCUACUGUUACAGACACUCCAGCUUCAUCCAUCUCAUCCUCAACGCCAGGUUUCAUGCCUCCAGAAAGCCAGACCAACUUUCCUGCUUUUGCAGAACAGCCUGUGCAGCAGUUCCAAGGGAUUUCAGACCCGUACCAGAUGCCUGAACAACCUUCCCAACAGGAUGUCCUUAUGCACAGCAUGAAUUCUGUAACGUUACAAGGAUAUGAACACCUGCAGAAAGUGUAUGCUGCACAGCAAGCCGCACAGCAGCAGGCUGGUUAUGCCCAGCAACAUGUUGAACAAAUACCACAUACCCCAACAGCAGAAAUGUAUGCUCAACAAACUCCAGCUCAGGUGCAGGCGGGGUUUACAAUGCCACAGACACCCUCUGUUCCACCUGUGCCUGAUCAGCAUAUGCUCUAUGGACACCAGCAACAUCCUGCUGUCUUGCAGGAUCCAUCUGCAGUCAACUUUCAAGCCAGCCAGCCUUACCAAGCGCAAUCCAUGAAUGUUCAAGGAUACAAUGCCCAUGAACUCCCAGUGCAAAAUCAGACUGAAAUGCCAGGGUAUUCCUCAAGCAGCGCAGUUGACAAUUCAAAACAGUAUCAAAAGGUGGACCAUUCACAGUCCAGUAAAAAACAGAACUACAUGGGACAAGGUGAUUUACACCACACCCAUGCAGAGGAAAGUCAAGAUUCAUUUCAUAGUCGGUCCUAUCAGUCACAUUCAGGAAGGGGACACAGACACUCUGGUCAGUCUGGUUCUAAGCAAUAUGAUGAUGACAGAGGUUCCAAGGGAAUUGAUGAUGAUCGAGGUUCAAAGCGUUUUGAUGAUGAUAGAAGUUCAAAGCGAUAUGAUGAUGAUAGAGGUUCGAAACGUUAUGAUGAUGAGAGAGGUUCAACACGAUAUGAUAACAAGGGGUCCAAGCGGUAUGAUGACGAUCGAUCAAAAAAGUGGGAUCAUAGGGAUAGACAGGAUUAUCGAUCAAACAAACGAAAUGAAAGGCAGCGAUAUCGAAGUCAAGAUUACAGUGAGGAGGAUAAUGAUGAUGGAGCCAGCUAUCGGCAGAAAGGCCAUCGACAUGGCCACUAUCGGUCAAGAGACUCUGGUGAUAGGCAUCGCAAUGAUGACUCUUAUCAUAAAAAGUCCUAUCAUAAGAGAGAUGAGAAGGAAGAAGAUUGGGACAGUCAUCAAAGUCACAGAGCAGGUUUUAGAUCUAGGGGUUAUGACAAAAAGUAUUCUGAUACUAGGACUUAUAGGGAUGAUCAUAGAGACAAAAGGAAGAAUAGGGACUAUGGUAAAGAAGACGGUGAUGAGCAAUUUUCGAAGUGGCGCUGUCCAACGAUGGAAGACCAGGAAGUAAAGGUGAAAGAGGAAUCUUAUGAGUUUGCCAAAUGGGAAAGCCCUGCUGAAAAGCCACUACCUCCAGUACCGAUUAGAGAAACAAGCACGUUUGAUCAGUGCCAUCCUCCUGGGGAAGAAGCAGCAUCUGUGUCACCUGAAGAUGUCUCACCUUUUGAAGAAUGGCAGUGUCCACCCGGUGAGGAACCACCUCCUGGCACUAUGCCAUUGGUCUUACCAUCCCAACCAUUUCCACCUGGUGUUCAGGAAGCUACCAAGGAUGUAGACAAAGCAUCACAAUCCGAGGCCGAAGAGACAGAUGAGUUUGCACUGAGCUUGGACACCAGAAUUGAAAAACUGUUGAAGAGUUCCCAAGGUCCAAUGGCAGGAUUUCCUGGAAUCCAGCUGGAGGAUUCUAGCAAUGCAGGUAAUAAUGACAGUACUACGACAUUACCGCCCCCUGGUACAGAGGAGCCAACGUUCUCACAGAGUGAAGAAUCUGUAAGGACAUCGGAUCCUGAAACCAAUACAAAUUAUGUGAAACAGGAAGAACAAUGGGGGAGAUACAGACAGGAACAGCUUCCUAGAACUAACCAGGUGGAACAUCAGUGGGCCCCUGGGCAUAUGCCCCAUUCCCACAUCCCUGACCCCAUCCAUCAUCCACGUCUGGACCACCUGAAACCAAGUCCAAGCAGCAAUGGUGCCUUUGCACGGCAGCGCUCCACUCCAACACCCCCUGGCAGACAAUCGGCUUCUGCUACCCCUCCUCCGCCGCAAGGAAAAAUGUCCCAAGGAGUUGAACUCUUGAUAAGCAAGCAGCUGGCAAAUCUACGGAACUAUGACCAGCAGAUUGCAAGUAGAGAUGUCUCGCCUAUCUCAGAUGUGAUGAGAGACAGAAGUCAGACAUCAACACCUGGCAUUGAAGAUUAUCAUAUGCAGAGGGGACAAAUGCAGUAUACACCAAUGGACACUGCUGUGGAUGAUGAUGAUGAUAAAAUGAGUUUGUCUUCACUGAGCAGUGGAGAGGACACUAAAAUUGUUGUGAAUGUGCCAAUACCGGAGAAGAAACCUCAGGCUCCACGAAUGAACUCCGUGCCAUACUCCACCUCUCAUGCUUCCUGGAACACCAACCUGAACCAGCGUAGCACGAACGUUGUCAAUGCUUGGGCAGCGCAGAUGAUGCCUCCCAGCAGUGCAGGAAAUAAUCAAAUGAACCUCCAGGGACAAACUCAAACAUCCGGUUACCGACCCAACCCGAUGUUCCCACGCGGCCCUCCCCCUUCUCUUCUUGGAAUGCCUUCUCCGGCAGAAAUGGAGGCAGUCAUCGAGAGCAUGCAGAUUCCAUCCUCAUCAAGUAACCAUGAUGGAAUGCGUAAUUCGGCACAGAUGAUGCAGAUGAUGCAGAUGAUGGCCAGCAUGGGCAUGCCACCGCCGUCUAUCGGUUCAGAUGGACUGCCAGACUUCAAGCCAGAACAGCUCGCCAACUUUAAUAUCCCUGGACAACCUAACCUUUUCAACUCUCCAGACAUGCAGCCAAUGAGCACACCUCAAGGCUUUCCUAGUGGGAGCGUACCCCCUUGGAUGGCUGCCCCUUUCAUGCCUCCCAUCCCAGAAUCUCUGCUGCCAUCAUUGGACAAACCUCAACGUGAUCCAGAGAAAGAACUUGUCAAUGAGGUUCUCAAAACUGUCAUUCAAGAGAUGAAGUUGAUUAUGAAGAAAGAUCUGAAUCGCAAGAUGGUUGAGUCCAAAGCCUUCAAAUCUUUUGAAACAUGGUGGGAUACUUGUCAGUUAAUGGCAAAAGCAAAGGAUAUGAUGAAGCCGAAGGAGGAGGAGAAAGCCCCCAAGAAGCCUCCCCCUGCCAUACCAAGCAUGCUGGAAUCAUCCUUCUCUGCGUUUGGUAUGGAAGGAUUAGGGUUAGGACUACGAGCCAAUAUGCCAAGGAUGCCUUCUUUCAAGGUUAAGAGGAAACCAGCCUCACCACCCCCAGAGGACGAGGUAGGCGAUGUUGAUGAUGAAGUCAAGGAAGUGGAUGAAAAGAGGCCGGUCACACCGCCAGUCAUCGACGAGGAUUCUGAUGAAAUGUCAGACACGGAACAAGAUGAAAUCACCGAACUCUCCAGCCAGACUUCAGAACCCCAGAUCCUCGACCGCAGGGAAAGGGCCAAGAGGGCCAGAGAAUUCAUCUACUCAUCCAGCAGCGAGGAGGAGGAAGAAGACGAAGACAAGGAUGUCGAGUUGGAGAAAGAUCUAGAGGAUGAAGAUGAAGAGGAGGAGGAAGAUGAGGAUGAGGAAGACGAAGAAGAGGAGGAGGAGGAGGAUGAAGAAGAAGAGGAAGAAGAAGUUGAGGAAGAGGCUGUGACAAAGGAGGUGACCAAGAAGAAGUUGGAGAAGACGCCACCAAAGAAGGAUGAAGUUGUAGCAGUUGAUUUGGAUAAGGAGGAAGAGGAGAGUCAGGACACGCAGGAGUCUGAGACACCAAGCAAAGUAACUGAAGACAAGCCAAGUCUAUCUGAUGCAUCUGAUGAUGAUUCAGAUGAGGACUGGAGUGAAAGCAGCUCCAGUUCCGAGACGGAAUCCUCCAGUUCGGAAUCAGAAUCAGAGGAGUCGGACUCGGAUGAAGAGGAGAUGGAUAGGAAAGGAACACCAACUACCAAGAAGACUGAUGAAAAGGAAGAUCGGCUGGGUGCCUUUGAGAUCUUGGUGGAGAUGGCCACCAAGGCCAAGGACAAACUCGACCAGUCAUCGUCAGACGUUGAAAAGGGCGGCCUUGAAGAUGUGGAUAUGUCGGACAUCCAAGCUGCUCAGUCUCUACAGGCCCUUCGCCAUGCAAGUGAGACCUCGGAGGUCGGCGAGAUGACAGCUUUCAAGGGAGAUACUUCUGCCACCAUGGAUGACUCAUCGGAAAAGACCCUAUCGGGAUCGGAAGGAGAAGUGGAUGUGGGAGACUAUAAGAAUAUAUUGAUGAAACAACCAAAGGUUGUCCUGGAACCCUUGGCCAUCAUUGACCACACCUACUGCCAAAAGCCUGCACCGACCCCAAACAAGGUCAAGCCUGCACCUGCUGCCGAAGAACUCAAGAAACAGGAGAUCCUCUCAGAGAAGACCACCAAUCUCAUCCCAGAGGUCAAGUAUGUGUCGGUCGGCAAGGAGGAUAAGCAGAGGCAGAAAGCCGAGAAGGCAGAGAAGAAGAAGGCACGGAAACGGAAGAAUGAGCUCGCCAAAAUCCUGGAAGAGGAGAUUGUCAUCGUUCCUGAGCCAAAGGUUCAGGAAUUCAAGCCAAGGAACUACUAUGAAGAGUGGACAUUUUUGUAUGAGUUCCUCAGAACAGGCAUUACUCAUGAGGAUGCAUUCUACAUCAGGAAGAGUUACGAGACACUCCUGGAAGCUGGAAACUUCAAUUGGCUGAGUUACACCCAUUGGAUGGCACAUCCACUGACAUCAUGUCCAGACCCACCACAGCCCAAGAGGAAAAAGGUUGAUGAAGAGAGUAGGGUUCAUGCCACGGGUACUGCCAGGACAGAAGGCUACUACAAGAUCUCCAACAAAGAGAAAGUCAAGUACCUCACCAAGGCUAGGACGUAUGUCCAGGAGAGUGUGACAGACAGUAGCGCCUUGGAUGAGUCAACAACCAAGAAAAGAUUAGAGGUCUCCAGGGAUGCUAGAUCUGACCAACGUCGAUUCAUUGCUGUCCUCCAGCAACAAGAAGAACAAGUGUCGAAUCUCUUCAAGUUCAACCAACUACAGUUCCGUAAGAAGGACCUCAAGUUCUGCAAGAGUUCCAUCCACGGCUGGGGUCUGUAUGCCAUGGAGCCCAUCGCAGCGGAUGAGAUGGUCAUAGAGUAUGUUGGUGAAUCAGUCCGGCAGAGUAUAGCUGAUAGCAGGGAGAAGGCCUAUGAGAGGAUGGGCAUUGGUAGCAGCUAUCUGUUUAGGAUCGAUGCGGUUACAAUCAUUGAUGCUACCAAGUCAGGCAACCUGGCUCGAUUCAUCAACCAUAGCUGUAAUCCCAAUUGCUAUGCGAAGAUCAUCACUGUGGAGUCGCAAAAGAAGAUCGUUAUCUACUCUAAGCAAGCCAUCAAUGUAGGAGACGAGAUCACGUACGAUUAUAAGUUCCCUAUUGAAGAUGAGAAGAUUCCUUGUCUCUGUGGUGCUGCCCAGUGUCGUGGAACACUCAACUAACACCAGCUUCAGCUGUGCUAUAACACCUCAGUGUUGCUUAGAGAUUAUUUCACAGUGCUUCCUAGUGUCAUAGGACACCACACCAACACCUGUCCAGCUAGCAACCGGAUAAGGCUUGUGAUGGGAUCUUUUUACUGUUGAGGGUUUUUUCCAGUGUUUUGUAGCAAACAGUUUGGCACCAGAGCUUGGCAAAUGCUAGACACCUCAAUAAAAAACAUUUGAUGCAAUUUUAUUCCUAUAUCUGUAUGGUAUCUUGUUCGGUGUUAUAUAACACUCAACACCAGAGCUUGGAUAUACUUAACACCUCUAGAACCUUCAUUACAAUAAAAAAUAUUUCUUUUUUUCAUGAAGAAUCUUUGAGGUAAUGGUAAUUUUCAGUUAACACUGCAUUUUAACAAACACUUGACACCUUACUCUGACCAUUCAUUAAAAGAAUAUUCUGUAAUAGCUGUAAUAUUGAACGAGUAGACUGAGGAACAUCAAUUACCAAAGUAAACUCCUACAAAUUCCAGAGGGUACAUAAUUUACAACAACAAAAAAGUUUUGCAUCACUCACUGGAACUCCUAGCUACAUCCUGAUGGGGCCUGGUGCCCUCCUGCUUAUGAUGAUAGAUUAUGCUUGCUCAUACAUGUACAUGUAUAGUUCUUAUCACUUUGUCAAAAGCCUCUUAAGUACUUGCUCUACAAUAAUGCAGUGUGGCUACCCUGGUGUUGGCCGAGCAGCUGUUAGACACUUCUGCGUUUCAAGGAAUAAAUUCCUGCCAGGUUCCCAUUUAAUUCAUCCGUGUUCAGUGCAGCCUAUUAUGGAUAAAUUUCUUGUGGAGGAAAUAACUGGAGUUGGUUUUGAAACCGCAAUCCUCUGAUUAAGAGACGGGAAUCAGAACCACCACACCUGUUGCCUCCAUAGUUUAGAGUUGCUUUAUCCCUUUGCUUUUGUAGGAUUUUAAGAGAAGGUCGUUUUAGCAUGCCGCAGUUUGUUGUGAAUAUAUAUGAAGCAGGGUCGUCACUUAUUCAGGCAAAGGCAGAGAGUCUUACCUUUUCAUCAUAUUUUUGGGGCUCAUUCUUGAUGACUUUCCUACUUUUUCAUGAAUAUAACCAAUAAAUACAAGUGAGAACACCUGUGAUUCCAUGCUGGCAUGGCCUCUGUGGUGUGUUCCAAGUAUGAGAGCCCAUUCAAUAUGAGAUUUUCUAAUUCAUGUAGACUUUGUACAGGGAUCACUUUGUUCUUGUAGGCAAUGGGUUAAUGAUAUGAAGCAUGUUCAAACUGUUCAAAGUAUUCAUACAUGAACUUGAAGGAAAGCUCUUCAAGGCCAUAUGUACCCAAAACGUCUUAUGUCUAACUUCACAGAUAUCUUGUGAAAAUAUGUGUUAUGAAUUUAGCACAUGUUUUAUGAAAUAUCCUUUAAAUGGUUCCAUGGAACCAGCGCCGAUUUUAUUGAGCUUUGAAAAAAAAUUGAUUCUAUUUUUAGAAAAUGAAUGAUGUUAUGGAUUGUUUUGACAGUUAACUGAGUACGGAGAUGUUGUCGGUGGUUAAUGAUCAUGGACUGUUGUCAUAUUGUCAUGUUCUGAAACUUGAUGAAUAACUGUUUAACUCAUUUAUUUUUGUAUCCACCAACAAUGUAAGUCAUUUAUAGAAAAGCCGAGAAUGUCACAUGUUCAGAUUGCUUAUUUCUUUUUUAGAAGAAAAGAAUUGUGUUCAUGUUCAAAUACACUUGUCUUGUGCACAAUAAUCCAUUUCUUCCUAAAUGAUAUUCAGGGGGGGGGGGGGUCCGAUUUUCAGUUAUAGCAGUAGAUGUAUGCGUUUACUUAUGACACAUUUGUGUGUGUGUGUUGUCAUUGUCAAAAGACUUGCUUGUACAUGUAGUUCAAAAUUGUAGUUUACAGUUUGCUUUUCAAUAGUAUGUAAUCUCCAGAAGUAUUCUGUGUUAGGAUGUAUAAGUUUGUUUUCAGUAUUAGGCCAACCCAUCAGUAUUGUUUGGUAUGAAUGGUGCACUUGGCAAUUUGUGAAGUCUAGUGCUCUCAGUAGGAUUUCACUAACUUGGGGGAUAUGGCACAUGGGAAAGGUUUAUGUCACACAGUAUUUUACUGAAAUAGGAGGGUUCUUAUUUUUGGAGUUAAGAGUUAAGAUUUUGAUAGAUCAUGUGUUUUGAUUAUUCAUAUUACCUUUUAAGUAUCAUUUGGACUUGUGGUCUGAAAUAACAGGUUCGGGGGGGGGGGGGGGUGCCGAGGGGGGGUCUUCAAAAUUUUACAAUUUUGAUUUCUUUCUGAUUAGGUCUUAUAGCUUUUGGAUGUGAUAGAGACAAUUGAUUGUUCCUAGAUUGAAAAUAUGGUUUGAAGUUUGUGAAGUUUAAAUUUCUACCGAUUUCCAAAGUGAUAUUUUUGUAAUUUAAUCUGAUUGAAUCAGAGUAUGCAUAAGUUUUUGUUAAUUGCCUAGAUAUGACCGAUUCCAUUUUUUUCUACAAUGAGAAUAAUCUAGUUUAUAGUGUUAGCUUACAUUCUGACUUUACCAUCAUUCAUAACAACUGAAAAGGUUUUUAUCCAAACAUUUCACAAAAUAAUGUGCAUCAAAGUUGGUUGCAUUAUGGAAAUGGAUGAAUGACGGUUAUUUAUCUUUUCAAACAGUCAGAUUAUUUAAGUAGCGGUGUAUUCCUCCAUGAUCUGAGUUUUGUCAUUCAAGUGUUCGAGAAACAAUUUACAUGUAAUGCUUCAUCAUGUACUUUUAAUUUAACUUGAGCUCCAUCCGAACAUUUGUGUGUAUUAAUACAGUUUGCAUGUGACCACAUAAAGGCAUUUUGGGGGAUAACAUUUAUGUUUUGUUAGUGUUGUGCAAAGGCAUGUAAGUUGCAUACAUGUAUAUCUGAUGUCAUUUGUCUGUACGUUUUUCUUCACUUUAUGGUGUCUUUUGCAGCUACAAAAUAAAUGACAAUAAACAAAUACACUUUGCUGCAUGGAGUGAGGUAGCUGACUUUAAAUGUGUAUAGAUUUGUGGUAUCGUUUUGCUGUAUAGAGAAUAAUUUGAUCAUGCCAAUACUGCUCUAGGUAGAGAAUGAAUUAUAGAAGGUUUGACUUGAAGGGUUGUCACUGCGAGGUUUGUCCUGCUGGGCUAUUUGUGAAAUAUCAGGCGCACAAAUGAUGUUUGCUUAUUUCUUCUUCAUUCAUGUACAUAUUUUCUGUAUUAUAUUCUUGAUUUUUGAUUUUGUAUAAAGGUUCUUGUUGGUUUCCUGUUCAAAUGAUGUGUGAAUUACGUACAUAGUUGAUGCUGAUAUGUGAGUAUGUACAUGUACCUUUUGUUUUCAAUUUGUAUUGUAAAUACACAGAAAUAUAGCUCACAUUUUCCCUUUGAAAUCAAACUUGAGAAUGUACAGAAUAUUAAAUGCAAAAUGUUUGUAUCUCAA